AUGCGGUCCAGUCGAGACAUCGAAUACGUCACUGCAACGCGUUCGGAUCGUGAAGCUGCCCGGGCCGCGUUGGCAAAUUACUACUGCCCCGAGGAACCACUGACGUUCUCCCACCGGGACGGUCCUGCCAUUACACCAGACGAUAUGGACAAUUAUCUUUCCUUUCUCGAUCACAACGGUGUCAUCGUGGCUAGGCUUCGAGCGGAUCCCACCGAGCUGGUGGGCAUUUCGAUCGGUAGUCCCACGGACAGUGCUCUCAACGUUCCGAUCGAAACCCGCAAGUUUGCCGACAUUGUUGCAUUUCUCGGGAUGCUCUACGAACGUGCCUCCCUGCGGGCGCUUGGUUCUCGACCUUCGUACAACGUGCACGCCCUCGCGGUGAACCCGGCUUAUCGGGGUCUUGGGAUCGGUCGACGGCUGAUGGAAGAGCAGAUUGCUCUGGCUAAGCAAUGCAGCCAGCGAGCCUUCGACUCCGUGACGGUGGACGCAACGGGACCGUUCUCAGCCCGCAUCAUGCUUCAAGUGGGAAUGAAGGAAAUUCACCGGAUGCGUUUCGAAGACUACAAAGAUGAUCAAGGAAACCCCGUGUUCCGAAUGGCGCCUGGGGCUGAAGUUAUUACGUUCGAAAAGAUGCUGUAGGACGGAUACAGUUUUGUGAUAACAGUUAAACUUAAGAAGGAGCGAUAAAUAUCCUGUAUUGAAACAGAUUUCUGUUUGUAUUGGUUUAUUCCACUCUUUACAUCCAUUUUACAUACUUUUACAUUCUCUACUAGUGCGCACUUUCCCAGGAAAACAGACAGACUUGAAAAAUCAUUCACGACUUUCCUCGAUCUCGUUUUUCUCGUUUCAACGAACUGUAACCCUGUCUUCCUCAGACCAAAU